UGUGCUGGAAGGAAAUCUAAGAUGAAGUUAUGGGAUGUGGUGGCUGUCUGCGUGGUGCUACUCAACACUGUCUCCACCUUUCCUCUUCCCGCUGGUAAGACACCUCCUGAGAAGGCCCGCUCAGUGCCAGGAGGGACUGAAGAAGAGCACUCCUCCAGCAAGCUGCUGACUCCUUUUGCUGGCCCAAUGGACUCUAACAUGCCUGAGAAUUAUCCCAAGCAUCUUGGAGAUGUGGUGGAUUUUAUUCAAGCGACCAUCAAAAGACUGAAGAGGUCACCUGAUAAACCAGCUCAGUUUUUUUCUAGACGGGAAAGAAACCGGCAAAAUUCAGCAAAGAAGAAUAAUAAUUCCAGCAGCAGAAAGGGACGGAGAGGCCCAAAGGCCAAAAACCGGGAUUGUGUCCUACAAGAGAUACACUUAAAUGUGACUGACUUGGGUUUGGGAUACCCCACCAAAGAAGAGCUCAUUUUCCGAUACUGUAGUGGGACGUGUGAGUCCGCCGUAACCCUAUAUGACCAAAUUUUAAACAAUUUAACUCAAAAUAGAAAGUUGGUCAGUGACAAAAUCAGACCACAACCUUGCUGCAGGCCUAUUGCUUUUGAUGACGACCUUUCGUUUUUGGACGAUGACCUAACAACUUACCAUAUAUUAAGAAAACAUUCCGCUAAAAAAUGUGGAUGCGUGUGA